CCAAAAUGAAAAAUUCCUGCACGCAUGCAGCCAGGCGAUCAUGGUGGUGUAUGCUGAUAACGUAGUGGACGCAUGCAGACGAUCUUCUCCUUGCAGCAUCCGAGGGGGUGAGUGCCAAUAUUUCGAGGCCGUUUCCAGUGUGUGCAAUUGUGAGGCAGCCAGAAGACUUCUUUUGUCUCAACCUGCGGAUACUUGUGACGGAAACCUUUGGAGCACGUUAGAGAACGCUAGAGAAAACAUACACCUGUCCCAAGCAUGGAAGAGAAGGACGAAGACAAGGCUAGAUUCCUCGAGACCGGCUCCCGGAGUGCAAGCAACUCGCAAGAGGAUGACAUUUCGCUGAUAUUGGACGAAGAUCCGGAAACUUUGGCUGCCAACUUGAAGCUGAACAAGAGGGUCGUUUUCAAGAUUGACUGUGUCAUUCUACCGUUUUUGGUGAUCACCAUGUUUCUCCAGUUGCUAGACAAGAACUGUCUUUCGUACGCCGCGUUAUACGGUAUGAAGAAGGAUUGCAACUUGGUUGGACAAGAGUACAGUUGGUUGGCCACUAUUUUCUACUUGGCGUACUUGUUUGCCGAGAUCCCUGUGUUUUUAUUGUUGCCUAAGGUGAAGCACCUUACCAAGUUCAUGUCGGUGUUGCUAUUCAUCUGGGGAGGGAUCUUGAUGUGCAUGGCGGCAUGUAAUAAUUUUGGCGGGUUGAUGGCGGUGAGGUUCUUUCUUGGGUUGAUGGAAGCAGCAAUCCAGCCAGCGUGCAUCAUCAUCUCGUCGACGUGGUACAUGAAGAAGGAACAACCGUUGAGAAUGGCUCUGUGGUCAAACACGUUUGCUGGUAUCUUCAACGGUAUCUUUGCAUACGGUAUGGAGGACUGGAAGGGAUCGCUAGCGAUCUGGAGAUACAUGUUUCUCACUUACGGAGCAGUGACAACUGUUUUUGGGUUGGUAACUUUCUUUAUCAUUCCAGGAACCAUCGAAGGAGCUUGGUUCUUCUCAGAAACAGAGAGAAAGUGUGCGGUUGCAAGAAGUGCUACAAAUCAAACCGGUAUUCACUUUGGUACCAACAGUAUGAAGUGGUACCAAAUCCAAGAAUCGCUGUUGGAUCCUAAGUACUGGUCACUUAUGGUGUUCAUCAUUGUUCAAAAUUUCAUCAACGCUGGUAUUACCAAUUUCAACACGUUCAUCAUCAAAGGGUUUGGGUUUUCGAGCUACAGAACAAUGCUUCUUGCCACACCCCAGGCGGCUGUGGCUAUGGGUGCUUGUCUCUUGUGCGCCGCGGUGGCGUAUCUUGUGAAGAACAUUCGAUUUGUACUUAUCUGCCUCACUACGGGUGUGACAAUGGCUGGUAUCAUCAUGAUCUGGAAAAUUGACCACAAGGAGCAUUUGAACCAGUCGCUAGCGGCAGUGUACAUUUGUGGAUUUUACAAUGCUCCAUACGUGAUGUGUUUGUCGUUGAUUGCAUCGAACACGUCGGGACAGACAAAGAAAGCGUUCAACUCGAUAUCGGUUGGGUUGUUCUACGCAUUAGGUAACUUGAUUGGUCCACAAUUUUUCCGUGAAUCCGAGGCUCCUGUUUAUACGACGGGUAUCAAGGCGAUGAUGUCUGCAUGUUGUAUCAUGUACGGUAUGAUUGUGCUAUAUGCUGCUCUGUGUUUCUGGGAAAACAAGAGGAGAGACCAGAAGAAGGAUGCGGAGGAUGCAGAGGCAGACAACGUGCUUACAGAGAUUGAGAUAGGUGAAAAGGUCGACCAGCAGGAUCUUACUGACCAUGAAAACAAACACUUCCGUUAUACUUUUUAGAUUUUUACACUCUUCAUUUUCUACCUUUUAGACAUUGCUUACUCCUGAUUUUCUUUGCUUAUUUUGAUUUCAUUUUUCUAUGCCUUUUUGUUAUUUUGUCUUUUCGGAAAUGCAAAUUCUUUU